GUCCAGCAGCUUCCCAGCAAGUUAGGCAAUAUCCGCGUCCCCCAUCCCAUCGUAGUGUCCUAUCACAGCACUGCCUGGUGCCCAGCUGCCCAGCCAAACGCAGCCCUGUACCUGGCACCAGCACUUCAGCUUCUAGGCUCCACAAGCAACGGGUAGCCGGGCCCUGAUCUCCCGCAGCGAAAAUGCGGUUUGGCUCCUGCCUGCUCUGGCGAACGCUGCUUUUUGUAAGCGUAGCAGAGUUUCUUACAGUUUUUUCUGGAAUGGGAGUUUUUGCCAUUCCAAGUGACUGCAAAAGUGCAACCAUAGAUGACGUGAAUAAGUGUCUUGAGAAAUAUUCAGAAUGCUUCCCUGAAAUGGCCAAACAAGGUGGACGAGAUUCCCUCAAUCACCUCAUCUGGGUGCUGCAAGAAAGUCUUGAUGUUCUGCGACCUAUUCAAGACAAAUUUUGCAAGCAUUCACCCCAAUGCCCACAGCCUCUGGCCCCUAAGAACGGUGGGCUGGUGUGUGUCACCAUCGACAGUGUUGAGUACUGCAAACCCAUGUGCAACAAGGGUUACGACUUCCAGUUCCUCAGAAGAAGCAGGCUGUAUGAAACCUGUGGCAACACCACUGGGUUUUCCUGGACGACUCAGAUGGUUGGGGGGCAAGCACUGGCUGUUUGUGAGCCCUCGGAGACGGCCGUGAGUGGAGCUGAGUCUGCCUAUUUCCCUGCCAACAGCAGCUGCCUGCACACAUUAGCCUUCUCAGAGCCCAAGCAGCUGAACAUUUUCCUCAAAGAACUUGCAGAGCAAGGCGUAGAUAUCUCCAACCAUGACAAGCAGGCGGACUGUCUAAUGUGUGGUUACUAGCACCGAGGAUGGCAGGCCCGCAACAACGUGUGCCACCAACCAAGCGGCUGUCUACGGUCAGAUGUGGGUAUUUUGAUGACAGAAGCUGAGCAGUGAAAUCCCUGCCAAGACCUGCAUUUCAUUGGAAGGGUAGCAAUCAUAGUCACCAUUUGACCUCAGCUCUUGGGUAGAGGCUACAUAGCCUAAAAGUAGCUCACAGUGGGGGUGCCGCAAAGAAAGAAGUUCACUUUUUGAAGCCUUGAAUUUGUCUGUCUGGAAUUAUAAAAGAAUUUCAGUUGCCUAAUGGUUGUGGUCAUUAAACACAGUAAUUGUUUUCAGAAA